AUGGAUGUUGUGCGAAUGUUCCUUCGUGACGAACUCGCAUUUCCAUCAAGUGGUCACGCUCAUUCCCGAGUUGGAUUGAACAAACAUUGCAAGGGACCAUACGACCAGUCGAAAGGUUGGUUGCGCUUGGACUCCCGAGCAAACGCCAGAUGCGGUUAUGUGCACGACAGCAAGACUACUCAGGCGGUGGAACACCAGAACCAGGAUGCGAAUAUCCGGCUAAAGUCAUGCUACAAAACCUCUCUGGCCCUCGAGGCUGACAUUCGUCUCGUUGAGCCUGAGGUUUAUGACGCACCACCCCCAACCUAUGAGGACGCAAUAACGGAUCUGCCUCCAGAAUACUCCGCCCUUGCUCCCUUGGCUCAACAGAAGAACCUGAUCCAAGAUUCCGCGCCAGCACAGGCUACAGAAGAUUCCAAGUUCAGGAGUGCGUCUCGACUGAUUGACUUCGAAUCGACCUCUGGCAUCCGGGGACAUAGGGCGGGGAAGAAAAAGAAGAAGCCAGCAGCCCAACCCCAGCGGCAAAAUUCACCGCCAGCUGAGGAGGGUGGUGGUGACAAGGCUGACGAAGGCGCCGGAGAUGAACAGAACGGUGCCGGAGAUAGCGGUGAUGCUGGAGGUGACAACAAUGGAGGCGAUGGUAAUGGUGGAGAUGGUAAUGGCGGCGACGGAGGUGGUGAUGGGGGUGACGGCGGUGACGGCGAUGACGGAGAUGAUGAUUGGAACGCAUGGAAUCCAACCUCAAACAAGAAGAAUAAGAAGAAGAGAAAACAGGAGGAAGAGGAACGACUGAAGAAAGAAGAGGAGGAGAAGCAAGCCAGGGAAGAAGAGGAGAGACUGGCCAAAGAAGAGCAGGAAUGGAAGGCUAAAGAAGAGGGGGAAAGACUAGCCAAAGAAGAGGAAGGACGAUUGGCCAAGGAAGAGGAGGAGAGAAUAGCCAAAGAGGAAGAAGAGAAAAAGGCUGCUGAACAGGCCACAGCUGCAUCCAACAACCUUAGCUGGGCUGACGAGGGUGCUGGCAAUGGUGACGAUACCUGGGGAUUUACUACUACUAGUAGCAAGAAAAAGAAGAAGAAAGGCAAGCAGGCUGAGCCGGUCCCAACUGAACCGGCGUCGAACGGGUUUCUGGAUGUUAGCUUAAAUGACAACGCGCCGCAGCUAGAUCUGAGUCUCCCUCCCCAAGCCCCUGGAAACAGUUUCAACUUCGGUUGGGGCCAAGGCUGGGGCUCUGGUGAUAAAUGGGGCCUCAACACUUUGAAUGGCGCGGACGACAACAAAGGGAAAGCAGACAACCCCUGGAAUUUCCCAGGAAAUAACGGCCUAGCAGGUGCCUCGGUCGGAUUCGGCUUUGGUGCUGAUAUUGAUAUACCAGGUGCUAAUGAUGUCGGUGCUGCUACAGAAGAGAAGACCGAGGACGACAUCUGGGCCAACCUGGACUCGACUCCGAAGGACAAGAAGAAAAAGAAGAAGGGAGACGAGGUUGAAGAGCCAAAAUCAGACAACGCCUGGACAGCUGUUGGGGAGAAGCAAGAGCCAGAGAAGCCGCUGGAGGUUGCCGAUGACGAUUGGGGCUGGGGCGCGCCUGUCUCCAAGAACGACAAGAAAAAAAAGAAGGGUGCUGUGGUUGAAGUCGUUCCUGUAGAAGAGCCCGUUGCAGAGGAGCCUGCUGCAGAAGAGCCUCCUGCACCUGAGCCACCAGCUGCAGCUGAACCACCACCUGAGGAUGAUUGGCCUGCUUGGACUUCUGGCUCGAAGAAGAAAGACAAAAAGGCGAAAAAGAAUGUUUUUGAGGCGCCGGUCAUUGAGGAGCCGGUUAUUGAAGAGCCGUCACCUGCUCCGGAGCCACCAGCGGAACCCGAACCCGAACCCGUUGAGGAGAAGAAAGACGAGGAUGACUGGUCAGCUUGGAAUGUCCCCAAGAAGGAGAAGAAGAAGAAGAAGGGCAAAGCCGUUGAGCCGGAGCCGGAACCACAGCCUCCUGUGGAGCCAGAGCCUGAGGUAGUACCAGAGCCAGAACCAGAACCAGCACCAGAAGCGGAACCAGUCCUUGAAGCUGAACCUGAGCCGGAGCUUAUGCCGGAGCCAGAGCCUGAGCCUGAGCCUGAGAAGGCCCCCGAGGUACCAGACAACCCUCUUUAUAAUAACUGGCACACUCUUUCCUCCAAAGACCGGAAGAAACGGGAAAAGCAACUUGUGAAGAAAGGACUUCCUAUCCCUGGUAAAGACUUUGAACUACCAGUGCCUGGAGCCGAGCCUCCUGGGCCUGAGCCAGUGCCUGAACCAGUUCAAGAACCCGAGCCUGUUCCAGAACCUGAGCCGGAGCCUGAAGUCGUGCCGGAGCCUGAGCCUGAGCCAGCGCCAGAACCGGAACCGGAACCAGUCCUUGAGCCUGAACCUGAACCUCAACCUGAGCCUGAGCCUGAGCCGGAGCCUGAGCCGGAGCCGGAGAAGACGGCACCUGAGAUACCUGAAAACCCUCUUUAUAACAACUGGCAUUCUCUCUCAUCCAAAGACCGGAAGAAACGAGAGAAACAACUUAUCAAGAAAGGACUUCCUAUUCCUGGUAAAGACUUUGAGCUUCCAGUGCCCGGAGCUGAACCUCCUGAGCCAGAGCCCGAACCAGUUCCUGAACCAGUUCAAGAACCGGAGCCCGAGCCUGAGCCAGAGGUAGUGCCGGAGCCGGAACCAGUCCUUGAACCCGAGCCCGAGCCGGAACCAGCUCCCGCCGAACCUGAGCCUGGGCCUGAACCAGUUGCCGCUCCAGAGCCAACAGAACCUGAGCCUGCGCCGGAACCUGAACCUGAACCUGAAGUCAAAGCUCCUGAGAUCCCAGAUAACCCUCUCUAUAACAACUGGCAUACUCUGUCGUCAAAAGAUCGGAAGAAACGAGAGAAACAGCUGGUAAAGAAAGGGCUGCCUAUCCCUGGCAAAGAUUUCGACCUACCACUGCCAGGAGCUGAGCCUAAGGAGCCAGAGCCGGCGCCAGAACCAGUGCCAGAACCAGUGCCAGAACCAGUGCCAGAACCAGUGCCAGAACCAGUGCCAGAACCAGUGCCAGAACCAGUGCCAGAACCAGUGCCAGAACCAGUGCCAGAACCAGUGCCAGAACCAGAGCCAGCUCCAGAACCUGAACCGGAGCCAGAGGUAGUACCAGAGCCGGCAGCAGAGCCCGAGCCCGAGACCGAGCUAGACCCAGUACCAGAGCCAGAGCCAGAACCGGUGCCAGAGUUAGAACCAGAGCCCGCCCCGGAGCCCCAAGAAGAACCAGUCCCUGAGCCGGUCCCCGAGCCAGUUCCUGAAGUUGUUCCAGAGCAGACCUAUCCGGACGAUAGUUGGGGAAUCUUGAACCCUUCGAAGGAGAAAAAGAAGAAGAAGAAGAACAAGAUCGCCUUGGAACCUCCACCGCCCGCACCUACUCCUCCUUCUCUGGGCUUUACUGCCGAGCCAGAGGGUUUCGUGCCUACCGAACAUGUGCCCCACGAGCCUCUCUGGGAUGAUUAUGACAGCAAGCCUUCGAAGGGUUUUCAGGAUGAUUACGCGACGGAAGAGGCACCCAAACCCAACAAGGGAUUCUGGGCCAGCUUCGGCGUUCCAACCAUGGGCAAAUCCAAGUCUACCAAAAAGAAGUCGGCAGAAAAGACCAAAGCAAUCGAGGCAGCGCCAUGGCUUGAGCCUGAGCCAGUACCAAGUCAACCUGCCGAUGAUGACUUUCUUAUUGACGUUGGCGAUGAUCCAAAGAUGCCCGAAGCGCCCGAAGCGCCAAUCCCGCCAGUUGUCGAGGAACCACCCGCGCCAGCCGCGCCGCCAGCGAAGACUCCUGCUGUCACCUCUAAGACCAAGUCACCGGCCAAAUUGUCACCCGGAGAGCGAAUCAACGUUUUGGAGCUAGCAAAGAAGGACAAGGCAGCAAAGGCAGAGCCUACCCCGCCCCCAGAAGAACCUGAACCUCAGCCCGAACCUGUGGAGUUUUUCGACACUGAACCGGCUCCGUUUAAGAAGCCCUAUAGGGAUGUAGUCCCCGGGAGCUUUCCGGAUGCAUUUGACGACGACUACGAGGAAUUCUACGACGUACCACCGCCACCUGCCCCAGAGCCGCCUGCUCUAAAUCCGGAGCAAUACCUUGACCUUGAGCCAGAACCAGCGCUAGAACCCGAACCCGUCCUUGAGCCCGUCCUUGAACCUGAACCUGAGCCCGAGCCCGAGCCCGCGCCUGCGCCUGUUCCGGUGUCCUUGUCAAAGAAGGCGAAGAAGAAGGAUAAAAAGAAGGCAAAGGCUAUUGUGCUGGAACCUGUGCCUGAGCCGGUACCUGAGCCGAUACCUGAGCCAGUUGUGGAACCAGAGCCAGAGCCGAUACCAGAGCCGGUACCAGAGCCAGUUGCGGAACCAGAGCCACAGCCUGAACCUGUGCCUGAGCUCGAACCCGAAUUUGUUCCGGCACCUGCUCCCGUCUCAAAGACCGAAAAGAAGAAAAAGAAGAAGAAAGCCGUUCCUGUUCCCGAGCUUGAGCCAGAGCCAGAGCCAGAGCGCGAGCCCGAACCCGAGCCGGAGCCUGAACCUGAACCAGUGUUUGUUCCUGCCCCUGCUCCUGAGCCACCUCUCGAACAAGAACGGGGAUUCCAGCCAGAGUUCGACGAAGCACCCGCUCCAAAGCUUGAAAAGCGGAAGAAGAGGAGCAAAAAAGUCACUAGUCUAGAACAGACAGCACCAGUCAUGGAGCCAACGCCUGCCGAUGCUGAGACAGGUGAAGCAUUUGAUGUAGACACGGGCAGCCCUCCUACACCUCCACCAGAGCCUGCUGAACCAGAACCUGCUGAGCCUGAGCCUGUACCUGAAAAGCCAGUAAAGAAGGAGCGCGUUAGGGUUGAGCGUGCUCCCGGUUCUACCUCUUGGGGAUUCUGGAGUGCCACGCCACAAAAGCAGCCUUCCCAUAGAGAGCGUAGGCAAAGACGGGAACCGUCACCGCCACCCAUGGUUAGGUCAAAGUCGACCAGACAGCCGAGGUCUAGAGAGGAGAUUGAGGGAGAGAAUCCUAUCACUGACAAGGAUAGGCGACGGGAGGAUCGACACAGCCGAGGUAUGACUUUCGCGGACUUUGUGCUGGGGGCGCCGCCGCCCACCAGGACAAAGUCGAGUCGAAGGACCGGAGCACAUGCAUCCAGACGUGCAUCCAUGGGCAUGGAGGAUGCUGGAUUUCCAACUCCACCGCCAGAUGACAGUCGGGAUAUGCCGGAUAAGGCAGCCCGGAUGAUGGGUGUGAAUGGCUUGUCCAGGAGGGAAAGACCACAUGGAUCUCGCAGAAGAUCUCGCAACCGCGAUUCAUAUGCUAUUGAAGAUGAGGACAUGGUCAUGGUAGACAGGGAUGAUUUCUCUGCUCCAAAGGACGGCUCGAGGGGAUCGAGACAUUCCGAGAGACGGUCAAGAAGAAAGUCUCGGUCCAGACAUGGUGAAUUCCCUGAUGAUGCUGUUAUGCUCGACGCAGACCAGCCCCAUCAGGGGCCCGAAGUCUUCUCGGGACCCGACGAUGUUGCCUUCGUGGAAGCACCAAGGGAACGACGUGUAAGGCUGUCGAGUGUUCCCAGGAAACCAGAGUCCACAGGCCUUAUGGGCUUCAUUGGUUCUUUGCGGAAAUCCGCUCGUCCGGACCCGCCAGAACGUCGCAAGUCCCGGUCUUAUCGCGAUGAUGAUGCCAGGUACAUGACUGAGCCGGAGCGGGAUGAGGCACGCCGGGCGAGGCGUGAAGAAAGAAGGAGACGUUAUGAAAGACAAGAUGCUGAUGGUGAAGAAUUCGUCGAAGGCGGUCCGGUAGGUGGUUUUCCGGAUACAGAUGUGGAAGAAGCCGAGGCCAGGAGGGCAGCGCGUAGAGCACGGCGAGCACGACAGGCAGCAUCUGAUCAGCUUCGUGAGAGCGAAUGGCGCGAGGCUGAAGAAAGGCGAGCUCGACGGAGGGAAAGAGAGAAAGCCCGCGAGCGUGAGAUGCAGGAGCGUGAGAUGCAAGAAAGAAUAGCCCGAGAGGAGGAGGAGAGAGAAGAAAGGCGCCGAGAGGAAAGAAGAGCUCGACGGGCUGCUCGUGAAGAGCGUCGUGCCCGAGAGGAGCAAGAGGCCCGCGAGGCAGAGGCCCAGGCAGCGGCCCAAGCAGAGGCCGAGGCCAGGGCUGCAGAGCGACGCGAACGCAGAAGGCGGAGGGAAGCAGAGAUGCAAGAAGCCGCCGCGUACGAACCCCGGUCCAAACGACGAUCCUCUCGUCACCCGGUCGAUGACCGAGCUGCCCGAGAAUUCUAUCUCGGCGGGUACGAGGGUGACAGGGCGUAUCGUCCAGAGCGUUCUGCGGACGACGGGGAGAGGCCUAAACGUCGGAAAUCCAGAGCCCCCGAAGUGGAGCGGGGACCACCGAUGAUGUCCGGGGGACGCAAGGAUAAAACUUCGUCCUGGGUGCACUCUCAAGAGAGCAAUCCGCCUGAGCCACCACCGGUUGUAGCCACUGUUCUGGAUGUGCCACCAGGCCCCGACGAACCGAUGCAAACGCACUCGGUGUCGUCGGAUGAGGAGGCCCGACGUGAGCUGCGACGUCGAGCCCGGAGACGAGCCAGGUACCCUGGACUGACGGAUCAGGAGAUUGACGAGCUGCGGACACGCAAGCGCGAGGCCCGACAGUCUGAGCGGAGUUCUGGCAGUGCCGAUUAUGAACGGGGCCGCGGCCAGCGGUCGUACGACGAUCGAUAUGCGCCGUCAGGAGGAAAGAUGCCGAAUUGGUUUAAGAGACUGACCAAUAUGGGGUGA